AUAAUCUCAUGCUCGUUGAUAAGCGGCCAAGCACAUCAAAAGAUUUCAGCACAGAAAGCACCUUCCUCGAACGUACUAUUAGUGUGGACAUCCAUGUCUACUGAAAACUACAGUUGCACAACACAACACACGUUAUGUUGUGUAGGUACCAGGAAAUAUAUCAUGUGGAUGGUAAGAAUCGUGGAGCAUCUGAGGAUAUUGGAUCCGGUCGAGAUAAUGGUAAUAAUAGCAAUGGUGGGGAUGAUGCCCAUGUGGAUGUUGAUGAGGAGGAGAAGGAUGAUGAUAUUGAGAUGGUGGAUAGAUGUACAAGGGGAAACCAUCCUGAAGGCUGUAUUGCCGUUGAUUGGUUAAAAGGGGAGUAUUGUAUUGAAUGCAAAAGCAGAAGUGGCCAGGUUUUGUUCUGCAGGGAAAAUGACUGCCCACUUACUUUUCAUGAGGUGUGCAUGACUUGGAAACCCGAACUUGAUGAUAUGGGUACAUUCUACUGCCCUUAUUGUUUGUACAAGCAAGAAAUGACCAGGUUCAAAGAGUUGAGAAUGAAAUUUAUGUUGGCUGCGGAGGGGUUGUUCAACUUUAUAUGUUUGAUAAGGGAUGGUGGAAGUAAAGAAAAUAAAAUGAAAGGAGCUCCUGUAUCAGCAAUGGAAGGGGAAGUGAGUGCUGGAGAUCAUGGAAACGAGCAAAAUGAUGGUGAAGAAAAAUGUGAUGAGGGAAGCAUCUCCAGAGCUGAUGGGUUUGACAAUGCUGGGAAAGGAGAAAAGGUGGUAGAGGAUAUCCAAAAAUCUUCUGGUAGCAAAGAUGAUGCAAUUGAUGAGGACCAGCAGCAAAUACGACCAUCCAGUUCAAGCCAUGUAGGAAUCAUGGAAGACACGUUUCAUGUAUUGAGGAAAGAAACUUUUGACAUUGUAGGAUCGUUGGAAGAGAAACAAGGGGCGAGGGACAAGGAAGAGCCAGAGCUCCAAAAUCCAGUUGGAACUAGCAUGGCAUCCGAGGUGCCUGCAGUCUAAAGUUUUGAGUUUUUCUCACCUGAUUUAGUUACUGAGAAUCUUGGAGCGGGUGAAAAGCUUGAGAAACAAACAGAUAAAAGAUCCAGUGUAGAGAAUAUGAAUAUGAAUAUGAACCAAGAGGGAAACAGUGCAACAACAAAAACUUCUGUGGAAUGCCAAAAAUCAGCCAACCCACCCAUGAUCCCAAUUUUGAUGGAUGCUGGAAAGCGUAAGAGACCAAACUGGACAGCGGAAGAUGAAGAGAUGCUAAAGGAGUUAGUGCCUACGUUUGCAAGUAAAGUACACAAGAACAUCCCUUGGAGGAAAAUUUUGGAGCAGGGUCAUUCCGUUUUCCACUCAACUCGUAUGCCAGCAGACCUUAAAGAUAAAUGGAAGAAUAUGACGGGCAAAGAAUCUCCAAAGGGUAAUAGAGGGAACUGAUUACAACCGGAAAAGUAAGGUAAUCUUUUUGCUGUUGUUAAUAUGCCUGUCUUGCUGUAACUAUCUCGAACAGACCAGGUUGUUGACUCGAUGUAGAACAGGUAGGUGGGUCAAUACCUUUUGCUGUUGAUAUGUUGUACAGAGUAGCUAGGUGGCUCGACGGCUGAUAUUUUUGCUCCAUUUUUUGUUGGAUGUGUUCAAAAGUAU